AUGCUCACUGCCGCGACGGAUUCGUCGAUAGCAAACGAUGGACAGAACUCUGCGUCGUUCGGAACCGCGACGGAUGCGAUAUCCAAGCUCAGAAUCGCUCCUUCUGAACAGAGCGAAGCGUCAGAGAUGCCUGUGCCUGUGCCUCGGCGCACCAUUCUGUGUCCCGUUAACGACGAUGACAUCUCCGCAGCUGCGGUAAAGUGGGCGGUGAAAAACAUCUACCGCGACCGUCGGGACACGAUUCAUCUACUGAAGAUCCUGCCUCCGGCGCAUUGGAGUUUCACGUACGCUUACGCGCCUCGACCGACGCGCGAGCGUCUCGAUAAAACAGAAAUGAAACAGUUUGUCCGAGACGAGGCAAAACGUGCAAUUCAGGCGCGAUUUGGACGAGACUUAGCGAUGCGCAAGGUCCCGUACGUCAUCGAUUUGACCACUGGACAAUCCUCGAACGUCGCGAUCGGAGAGUUAAUCUGCGCGAUAUCGGAAGCGGUGCAGGCUAGCGUGAUUUGUAUGGCGACGCAUAAUCGGGGCGCGAUGCGCAGGUUUUUUGUCGGCUCGGUGGCGAAUUACUGUCUGCGCAACUCUAAAGUACCCGUGGUGAUGAUCCGUCCUGAAGAAGGCACGGUGUUGAAUCGGAGUCAUCACCGCGUACUGAUUCAAAAGAGCGGUGGAUGGACUAUCGCGCCAUGA